AUGGAAAAAGUAACUAAAGGUGCCAAGACGAACCCGGCAGCGUCGGCGAAUCUCCUGUCCAAGGUCCUUUUCUGGUGGCUCAAUCCUCUAUUUCGUGCUGGAUACAAACGUACGUUGGAGGAGGAGGAUUUAUACCCGGUUCUGGCGGAGGACAGCUCAGAAAUAUUGGGUUCGGAGCUGCAAAGAUAUUGGGAUCAUGAGGUGCAAGAGGCCACCAAAGAAUUGCGGAAGCCAAAACUCACAUCAGUCAUCAUUAGAUGUUACUGGAAAUCAUAUUCGGUGCUGGGAGUGUUUACCCUUAUUGAGGAGGUGAUAAAGGUGGUCCAAGUAGUCCUUCUGGGUUACAUGAUCCGGUACUUUGAGGAUUACGACCCAAACAAUCAAGAAGCUCUGAACCAGACCCUCGGCUACGCAGCCGGUCUGUCAAUAUGCACCCUCGGCUUGGCUCUGCUGCACCACGUCUACUUCUUCCACGUCCAGAGAUGUGGCAUGAAAAUCCGAGUGGCCAUGUGUCACAUGAUCUAUAAAAAGGCUUUAUGUCUCAGCUGUUCUGCAAUGGGAAAGACCACCACUGGCCAGAUUGUGAACCUGCUUUCCAAUGAUGUCAACAAGUUUGAUGAAGUGACAAUCUUUCUGCAUUUCCUGUGGGUGGGGCCCCUGCAGGCAGCAACUGUAGUGGGCCUCCUAUGGCUGGAGAUUGGGCCGUCUUGCCUGGCUGGCAUGGUGGUCCUUAUGUUCCUAAUGCCAGUGCAAACACUUUUCGGAAGGUUGUUUUCCAAAUUCAGGAGUAGGACAGCCAUUCUGACUGACAGUAGAAUCCGCAUAAUGAACGAAGUGGUGUCUGGGAUUAGGAUCAUCAAGAUGUAUGCCUGGGAGAAACCUUUUGCUGCUUUGGUGUCGGACGUAAGAAGGAAGGAGAUCCAGCAGAUUAUGAUGAGCUCAUAUCUGCGCGGCCUCAACAUGGCCUCCUUCUUCUGUGCCAGCAAGAUCAUCGUCUUCAUCACCUUCACCCUCUAUGUCCUGUUGGGGAACAAAAUCUCAGCCAGUCGGGUCUUCGUUACUGUGUCACUGUACACGGCCGUGCGCCUCACUGUCACGCUCUUCUUUCCCAGCGCUAUCGAGAAGCUCUUUGAGAGCCGUGUCAGUGUUCAGAGGAUCCAGGAGUUCUUGUUGCUUGAUGAGAUGACAAAGAUAAGCACUCCUUUGCCGCUUGUGGAGAAGCAAGAUUCUGCCAUCGAGAUACAAGACAUGAUGUGCUACUGGGAUAAGAAUAUUGAUGCUCCGUGUUUGCAGAAUGUCUCACUCAAUCUAGUUGAAAAACAGCUUUUGGCUGUGAUUGGACCUGUUGGUGCAGGAAAGUCUUCGCUAUUGAGCUCCAUCUUGGGGGAGCUUCCUGUUGAAAAAGGAGCCAUGAAGGUCAAAGGCCAGCUCACCUAUGCGGCCCAGCAGCCCUGGGUGUUUCCCGGCACCAUUCGUGGCAACAUCUUAUUUGGAAAAGAAAUGGAUCUACGCAAGUAUGAGAGAGUCCUCAGGGCUUGCGCGCUAAAGCGGGACUUGGAGCUGCUCCCAGAUGGAGACCUGACGCUGAUUGGCGACCGUGGCGCCACACUCAGUGGGGGGCAGAAGGCUCGCAUUAAUCUAGCAAGAGCGGUGUAUCAGGAUGCUGAUAUUUACCUCCUGGAUGAUCCUCUCAGUGCUGUGGAUGCCGAAGUUGGGAGGCACCUAUUUGAACAGUGCAUCUGUGGUCUAUUGAAGAGCAAACCCCGUAUCCUGGUCACACACCAACUGCAGUACUUGAAGGGAGCAGACCAAAUUGUGGUGCUCAAAGAGGGUCACAUGGUGGCCAAAGGGACGUACACAGAACUUCAGCGGUCCGGAGUGGAUUUCACCUCACUUCUGAAGAAAGACGAGGAGGACGAGUCUCAUCAAUCCCUCUCAGACGUUUCCUCACGAAGCCGGACUUUAUCACAGAACUCUGUUCGAUCUCAGACUUCUUCCGUACACUCUAUCCAGGAUGGAGAUCAUUUAGCGCCUGAACCAAUACACACUGUGGCUGAAGAAAGUCGCGCACAGGGAUCCAUCGGAUUGAGUAUGUAUAUGAAGUACAUGCAGGCUGGCGCCAGCUUUUUGUUUGUGAUGGUCGUGAUGCUCCUCAACGUUCUGGCUCAGGUGGCAUACAUUGUGCAAGACUGGUGGCUGGCAUACUGGGCAGAAGAACAAAGCAUACUGGAUGGCAACGACACCAUGAUCCACAAUUUUACUAACGUUAAGAAGGAGUUGGACCUUGAUUUCUACUUGGGCAUUUAUGGAGGUUUGACAGCCGCCACAAUCAUUUUUGGUUUUUUGAGGACUUUGUUGAUGUUCAACAUGCUGGUGAGAAGUACACAGGCGCUACACAACAGCAUGUUUACCGCCAUCCUUCGCACUCAAGUGCGCUUCUUUGACGUCAACCCCAUUGGAAGAGUUUUAAACAGGUUUUCAAAGGACAUCGGCCAGCUGGAUUCCAUUAUGCCGUGGACCUUAGUGGACUUUAUUCAGGUUUUUUUGCAAAUCGUCGGAGUGGUGGCUGUGGCAGCGGGUGUGAUCCCUUGGAUUCUCAUUCCUGUGUUCCUUCUUCUCAUUGUAUUCCUCUUCCUCCGGCGCUACUUCCUGGAGACUUCCAGAGACAUCAAACGUCUUGAAUCCACAACUCGGAGUCCGGUAUUUUCGCACCUGUCCUCCUCUCUGCAGGGAUUGUGGACUAUCCGAGCUUUCAGAGCAGAAGGCCGCUUCCAAAGGGAUUUUGAUGGCCAUCAGGAUAAGCACACAGCGGCGUGGUUCCUUUUUCUGACCACGUCUCGCUGGUUUGCAGUACGUCUCGAUGGCAUGUGUUCCCUCUUUGUGACAGUCACCACAUUUGGCUGCCUGGUGCUCCGAGACCAGCUGGAUGCCGGAUCUGUAGGUUUGGCUUUGAGCUACGCAAUCACUCUGAUGGGCAUGUUCCAGUGGGGUGUCCGGCAGAGUGCUGAAGUCGAGAACUUGAUGACAUCAGUGGAGAGGGUGGUGGAGUACACUGAACUGGACAGUGAAGCCUCCUGGGAAACCCAAAAGCGACCUCCUCCUGGUUGGCCCAGCAAAGGAAUGGUGACCUUUGACGGAGUCAGCUUUUCCUACAGUCCAGAUGGCCCCAAAGUUUUGCACAAUCUAAAAGUGACCUUUCAACCCAAAGAUAAGGUGGGCAUCGUGGGUCGGACGGGUGCCGGGAAAAGCUCCUUGGUAUCGGCCCUGUUCCGCCUCUCAGAGCCCGAAGGAGACAUUUACAUUGAUGGAGUGUUGACUUCUAAACUAGGACUUCAUGACAUGCGUCAGAAGAUUUCCAUCAUUCCUCAGGAUCCAGUGCUCUUCACAGGUUCCAUGAGGAAGAACCUCGACCCUUUCAACCAGCAUUCAGAUGAGGAGCUGUGGAAUGCGCUGCAAGAGGUCCAGCUGAAGAGUGUGGUUGAAGAGCUUCCAGGAAAAUUGGAAACUGUUCUGGCUGAGUCUGGCUCCAACUUCAGCGUGGGCCAAAGGCAACUUGUGUGUCUGGCCAGAGCCAUCCUGAGGAAAAAUCGAAUCCUCAUUAUUGAUGAGGCCACUGCCAAUGUAGACCCCAGGACAGAUGAACUGAUCCAGACAACUAUCCGGGAGAAGUUCCAGGAAUGCACUGUGCUCACCAUCGCUCAUCGCCUUAACACCAUCAUAGACAGCGAUCGCAUCCUGGUCCUAGACGCUGGGAGGAUCCACGAAUACGACGAGCCGUACACUCUUCUCCUCGAUUCCUCUUCUAUCUUUAAUAAAAUGGUGCAACAGACUGGCAAACAGGAGGCCGCCGCAUUGUUGGAGGCAGCUAAAAAGGCUUUCGACAGCAGAAGACGACCUAACUUGAGUAAAGGCGAGGCGGACACAACGGACAGAGGUGUGGUCAUCUGCGAGACGGCUCUGUGA